AUCACAACAAUCACAUCAACUCUUCAUCCAUCAACACUACCUUUCACCUUCACCUCCAACUAAACAAACCUUCAACCUUCACCUUCAACCAACCAACCUUCACCUUCACCAUGCUCUUCAGCAAGGUCGUCAUCCUCGCCGCCGCUGGCCUCGUCGCCUCAGAGGCUGCCCCCCAAGUCACCCAACCCGCCGUCCUCCGCCGUGACCUCGGCGACGACCUCAAGAACUGGGCCGAGACCAAGGCCGGCGAAAAGAUCACAAACGUCGAAGACUGGGCCAAGACCAACGCCAACGAGGUCCAGCAGUGGGCUUCCGAGCACGGCGGCGACGCCAAGAGCUGGGUCAAGGACAACUACAGCAACGCCGGCGACUACGUUUCCACAAAGGCCGACGCAGCUGGUGAUUUUGUGUCUACCAAGGCCGACGCCGCCAGCACCAAGAUCGAGGCUGCCAUUAGCGGUGCUUCCGCCAGCGCCUCUGCUGCUGCCAAGGACGAUGACAAUGCUGCUGCUAGCCUGAGCGGUCAGUCUGGUGUUGUUGCCAUGAUGGCUGCUAUUGGUGUCACCGCCUUUGGCUUCUUCCUCGCUUAAGCGACCUAAUUCUUUUUUUCGCACCAAGAUACCACGCAGCAUGUACACUUUUACAAUUCGGAGUUUGGGACCCUAGGGCAUAGACGGUACACAUAGAUGUGCGGACCUGGCUAGGGGAGGAUAAUGACGUUGAAUGACCAGCUAGGCAUACAAUGAAACAAUUACUACAAUCUUGACAGGA